AUGUCAGGCACGUCCAGAAAUAGACGGCUGUCAAGAUGUGUGGACGUUCGGAGUCCGCAGAGCGCCAGGCAGGCCAUUGAGGUUGGUCAAAAUCCUAGUAUUCAUCCGCAGAAACAGGCUCCCUCGACUCAAUAUGAUUUUUAUCCCGAACUCGAGUCACACAAAGCUACCGAAGAAACUUCGAGCUACAUUCCCGCGAGUGAGAGCUUACACUCGUUACAUCAAACCCCCUCCAAGCUUGGCGAAGAUCAUGACGGUGCAACAGCAGAAUGGCUUCAAAUGCAGACUGUUGUCCACAAAGAGAGCGAGCAGACUCUUUUCAGACGGGAGAUAGAGGACUCUGAGGGACACUUAGAUCUAGAAGCCGGACAACGCACGGAGAAUGUCCAAGCUCAUCCAGACGAGGACAACGUGGUGGCCAACGUUGAGGAGAACAAAUAUCUGCAAGGCUAUGAACUUGUUACAGUUGUCAUCUGCGUCAUAAUCGUCUACUUUUUGACGUACCUCAACGGAGCGGGCAUGAUAGCUACAGCCGUCCCAGCAAUCACAGCUGAGUUCAACUCUCUAGCCGAUAUUGGCUGGUACGGUAGCGCCUAUUUCAUGGCCACGGCUGUCAUGCUGCCGCUGACCGGAAAGAUCUUCACCAACUUCAGCACCAAAUGGUUCUACAUUGCUUUCGUCGUUACGUUCUGUAUCGGCUCGGCGAUUAGCGGCGCUGCAAACUCAUCAGCGAUGCUCAUUGGGGGCAGAGUUAUCACUGGGUUGGGUGCUUCGGGGAUUUAUAAUGGUUCUCAGACCCUCAUGGUGGCUGGUAUUCCAACAAACAAGAGACCCCUGAUCUUCAGUCUUGUUGUAGCUGUUUUCUACUUGAAUCUUCCUUUCGGUGGUCUGGCAGUCCUCAUCCUAAUAUUCAGCCGCAUCCCUGACCAAUGUGUCAAGCCUCCCUUCUUCACUGCUCUCACCCGGCUGCCGCAGUACCUGGACCUCAUCGGCUGGGCUUUAUUAGGGACAGCCGUCUUUGUGAUCACCUUCGCCCUAGAGAGAGGCGCCAUCUUGGGGUGGUCAAGUGCGGCUGUCAUUGGUCUCUUCAGCGGCGGAGGUGUAGCCCUCGUUCUCUUCCUAAUCUGGGACUGGUACAAAGAGGACGAUGGCCUGAUCCCCUUCAGCGUCGUAAAACUAAAGAUUGUGUGGUCGGCAGCAGCCACAGCGGGCGCGCUUGGAUCAAUUCUCAAUAUCCAGGGAUACUUCCUCCCUCUUUACUUCCAGGCGGUUCUGGGCCAAAGUGCCAGUAUGAGCGGACUGUCCUUGCUGCCUAGUCUUGUACCGCAGAUAGCUAUCGGGGUGCUGGCGGGUAUUCUGAUGGGAAAGUUGGGCUAUUACUUGCCCCAAGCGAUCUUCGGGGCUAUUCUGAUCACGGUUGGAUCUGGGCUUUUAACACUGCUGGGCGUCGGUACAAGCACUGCGGAAUGGGCAGCUUACCAAGUCAUUAUAGGCAUCGGGCGUGGUUUUACCACACAAGUCGCAAAUGUCGCUUUACAGAUGGCGUGUCCGAAGGAGAAAGUGUCCGUUGCCAUCGCCCUGCAGUCCUUCAGUCAGUCCCUCGGUGGUGCCGUAUUUCUGCAGGUUGCCACAGUCCUGUUCCAGACAGGGCUCAAAAGCGGCCUGACAGGGAUCGCCGGACUUGAUGUCUCCAUGAUCUACACGCUGCUUUAA